UUCGAACAACCCUCGACCUGUGUGACGGCGAAAACACCCCGCCUUGCUUUGCUGCUGCUCUGCACAAACGACCGCUUCACCGAGAGCUUGCCCGCGCUGCGCCCGCCCCAAUGCUCGCAGAAGUCGCGCCUGACAUAGCUCCGAUAUUCCAUGUGCGCGUAUCAUAGCCGACCCGUGCUAUCAACACCCGCCCCUCCUCCGCCGAGAGACUUUCCACUCCACCAUGGACAGACCUAGGAAGCGAGAGCUUCGCGAGCUCAACUUUCGAGCCUGGGAUGGCGAGCAAGAUGUUUUCCCCGUGCAGAGCUCGCUCGACUCGUCUAUGAAGAAGAACACGGCCUUUAUCAAGCGUCUCCGAACCGCCAUCAACGCGUCCUCCCAGUCGCAGUUCCUACAAGAGAUUCGCACGCUAUCGCUCCACAAGUACCUCUCCGAGAUCAUAUCGGCAUGCUACGAAGGCCUCUGCAGGCUCAAAACUCCCGGCGAAAUCGCGACCGGUGUCGAAAUUGUCAGCGCUCUCCACCAGCGCUUCGGGCCCGCUGAGUUCACGGGAUAUAUUGGCUGGUACAUGGGAAGGGGGCUUGCAACUCCAGACAAAGCACACCUGAAGACAUUGUCGCAGGAAGUGCGCGACCGAGAAGAUAAAGAGCGUCUUUCGCGCCAGCGCGUCCUUCUGCGUGUGGCUACUGAACUCUGGCUGGUCGGCGUGCUGCGAAGCCUGGAUGAUGUGGCUCGCCCUGAAGAGGCUGGCAAGAACAAGGAUAAUGGCAAACUUGUCGAGAGCUCAACACGAACUAGGGCUCGUGCGGAGAGCGCUGAUGCGGAGCCGUUCCCUUUGGAAGUACUGAAGGACAUGCUUGGAUACGACCGCGAGCACGUGAACCUGCCGCUAGUAGUCAUCUUUGUCAAGGCCUUUGCGUGGGAUAUUCUCAGCGCAAAGACGUCAGCUGCAGAGGGUCGCAAGACGGUCAACGAGGACGGCACGACAAUCGGAGACAAGAACGACGACACAUCGGCCACCGAGGAUGACGAACAGCACAGCCAGGAUCCGCCUAUCAUCGCCCCAGAUCUGCAACAGCGCUUUAAGAAUAUUCUCAACCGCUAUUUCGAAGAUGUCAAAGCACAUUUGCUACGAGACCAAAAGCACUUGGCGUCUCAGGGCCGCAAGAACGCGGAAGCCUACGUGAAGUCUGGGGAGGUGUUCGAGGACCGCCAGGCAAACUACGAAAAGCAGUUGAAGACGCAGGAACGACUUAUUGCCAAUGCUCAGAUUCUAGCCGACGCACUGAGUGCGGAGAUGCCGGAUCUAAAAGAGAAGGAUAACUCUGCAAAUGCUGGGGACGGAUCUAUCGGUCUGAUCAAGGCUGGAGAGUACCUGCGCGGCCGCAGUGAUGGGCCUGGCAUCUGGGAAGACGAAGACGAGCGUCGCUUCUACGAGAACCUGAUUGAUUUGAAGGAUCGCGUUCCUGGAAUCCUGCUCGAGGAUGCUAAGAAGAAGAACGUCGACACGAACGAGCAGGUCGGCAAGCGCAUUGAGCCAAAGGCAGAGGCCAUUGAGAAAGAGGCCUUAGAGGCAGGCAAAGUCGCAGAUGCAGAUGACCAGUCUACUGCCAUUGCGAACAAGUCUGUCGGCACUCAAGUUGAUGCCGUUCUUGCUCGCUUACCGGAGCUCAACACAAAGGAUUCAGUCGACCAGACUGCCAUCGACUUUUGCUUUCUCAACUCCAAAGCGUCGCGCAACCGUCUCAUCAAGGCAGUUCAGGAUAUUCCUAAGGGCAGAUCUGAUUUGCUGCCAAUUUAUUCGAGGCUGAUUGCGACACUUAGCAAGUAUAUGCCCGAUGUUGCACAGGGCCUUGUUUCUUACCUAGACGAUGAAUUCCGAAGUCUGCAACGCCGCAAGUCGAAAGAUUUCCUAGGUCAGGUGCGGACACAGAACGUACGCUAUCUGGCAGAACUGACCAAGUUUAACGUUGUCCCUGAACACGUCAUCUUCCAUUGCCUGAAAGUGAGCCUGGACGACUUCUCGAGGAUGAACAUUGAGAUUAUCUGCAACUUGCUCGAGAACUGCGGACGAUACCUCCUGCGCAACCCAGACACAUCGCCUCGUAUGGCUUCGUUCCUGGAGACACUCCAGCGCAAGAAGGGCGCUCAAGUGCUUGGACAGCAGGAACGCAUGUUGAUCGAAAACGCGAUCUACUACGUCAACCCACCGGAGCGCGCAGCCAUCGAACAGAAGGAGCGGACGCCAGUAGAACUGUUCCUACGCAAGAUCAUGUACCAGGACCUGACCCGCCGUACCCUGGACAAGACUGUCAAGCAGAUCCGCAAAAUGCACUGGGAAGAAGAGGAGGUCGUCAACUUCUUACAUAAGAUUUUUUCGAAACCUGGCAAGAUCAAGUACAGCAACAUCCAUUUGCUGUCUGUUAUCCUCGGUACCAUCCAUCGCUACCACCAAGACUUUGCUAUUGGCGUCAUUGAUGACCUUUUGGAGUCCAUCACAUUCGGUCUCGAAUUGAAUGACUUCAAGUUCAAUCAGCGCAGGAUUGCAGAGGUCAAGUUCCUGGGCGAACUGUACAUUUAUCGACUUGUCGACUCGCCGCUUGUCUUCGAUACACUGUACAAGCUGCUGAAUUACGGAUGGCAGGGCGGCUACGCUCGUCCAGAUUUGUACAACCCGCUGGACUUGCCCGAUGACUACUUCCGCAUCCGCCUGGUCUGCAAUCUUCUCGAGACCUGUGGCAUGUACUAUGACAAGGGUGCAGCCAAGAAGAAGCUCGACUUCUUCCUGACGUAUUUGCAGUACUAUGUCUGUACCAAGGAUGCAUUGCCAAUGGAUGUGGAAUUUAUCGUGCAAGACGCGUAUGCUUUAAUCCGGCCGCAGUGGAAGCUCAUCACCGACCUGGACGAAGCAUCUCGUGUCUUUGGCGAGGCUGUCAAGCAGAACUACCAAACGGCGGCCACCGACAAGCCUAUCGAGCCUGAGGAUGACGACGAGUCCGCUUCCGACGACGACGUGGAUGGACCCGACGAUGAUGAUGUGGUCGUGCCCGAAGGCGAAGAUAAGUCUUCGGAUGAGGACGAGGACGACUCCGAUGAAGACGAACCGGCUAAGCGACAUAUGUCUGACGAUGAAGAAGAGCAUAUUGUUGUGACACGUCAAGAGGAGGAACGCGAUCCUGAAGUGGAGGCUGAGUUUGACCGAGAGCUUGCUAAGCUCAUGUCUGAGAGCGCCGACUCACGCAAGUAUGAUCGUAAGCCUGUGUUCGACAUGCCCCUACCGAUGCGACGCGCUCGCGAGGCAGCGACUAACCCUGAGGACGGCGUGAGCGAAGCUCCCGUCCCCAUCGCGCCAUCUAACACCAUGAAAUUCUCACUUCUCAGCAAGCGCGGAAACAAGACGCAAACUCGCUCAAUUGACCUGCCCUCUGACUCGACCUUCGCUGUCGCCAUGCGUAAUAAGCAACAGGCCGAGAAGGAGGAGCAGCAGCGCAUCAAGAGCCUCGUUUUGAACUACAACGAGGGUCGUGACGAUGUCGACGAUACCGGUGAAUCACCAUUUUCUUACGCUCUUUCGCCUAAUCUCAACAAAACACGUACUGAUGCUCAGCAAGUUCUGGAGAAGACUCCAAACCCAUACGCACAGCCGCGAAUCGACAAGGCCGGCAACAACCGUAGCAAUCAGCGCGCCAGGAAGCUGCAACUCAGCGAUGUCAACUGGUAUGGGCCCCCUUCCUCUCUUCAGCAGAGGUGUAUCGCGAAACCGUCAACGUUGGCUGCAUCGAAACCAUAGUUGGUCGAUCAGAGCCGGCGUGACAGGU